GAACUUCCAGCCCCUUUGCUUGAUGAUACUUCCAGAAAGGAGUUGGAAGAAGGAGCAGCAGCUGUUCAUGCUGAGGAUUUUCAGGAUUCUAUGAAAAUAGCCUGGCGCUACCAAAAUUUACCAAAGAUGGAGACCAGCCCAACAACAUCUACCAAGUUUGGCCACUAUUAUGAUAUUUCUAAAACAAUGUCUCCAGAACUGACACAGUCCAUAAAAUGGCACAGUUUUUAUCCUCCUGAAGAAUUAUCUUCUCAGCCCACAAUGAAACCAUGUAAUAUGAACUCUGCUUACAUGAGGCUGCUUCGGUCCAUCCAGAGGAUCAUCUCCCAGGAAGGGUUUGAUGGCUCUGAUCCCCAGAAGAAGCAGAAGAAUGUGCUGCGGAUCGGGAUUCAGGGUCUGGGCUCCAUGCUCUGGGGAGACGACGUUGGCUGCAGUGAUUCUCCUCAGGAUCCUCACAGCCUGACAAAAUUCCUCUAUGUUCUCCGUGGCCUCCUCAGAAAGUCUCUGUCAGCCUGCAUCAUCACAGUGCCAGCUCACCUUAGCCAGAAUAAAGCAAUUAUGGAACGUGUAACAAACUUGUCAGAUAUGGUAGUUGGUCUUGAAUCAUUUAUUGGCUCUGAGAGAGAAACCAAUCCAUUGUACAAGGAUUACCACGGUUUGGUUCAUGUACAUCAGAUUGCUCGGCUUAAUAGCUUGAUCUGUGAUGUGUCAGACACGAAGGACCUUGCUUUUAGAUUAAAAAGGAAGCUGUUCACUAUCGAGCGGCUGCAUUUGCCUCCAGACUUGUCAGACACAGUGAGCCGCGCGAGCAAACAGGAUCUGGCAGAAUCCGCCAAACUGCUGAGCUCAGGAUGUGGUGCUAUGGCCAUCGGCAAGAAGCACCUGGACUUCUAG